CGCUAUCAGAGUGGCAAGGACAUGUUUGCCCGCCUUUCGCCUUUCACCAUGAUUUUGAGCUUCUGUUCAGAAUGAACAGAUGUGAACAGGAGUGUGAACAGGUAUAUGAGAGCUUAGUAGCAUGUUAACCCGAGGCUCUGAAUCCCGAAGCACCAUGGCUUGGUGGCAAGGGUUUUGCACUACAAAGCCAUGUCAACCAUGUUGGUAAAACGGUCAGGGCUAGGCUAGGCCGGCUAGGGCUGAACGGUCUGGGAAGACGUGGGGGUCCUGCGGCCAUUGGUUCUUCUCCAGGGUCUGUGUGGCUUGGGGGUCCCGCGUGGUCCCACGUGGUCGGCUGCGGAGACGCCCGCGCGCUGUGCCGCCAUGGGGAAGAAGAGAAAAGAUAGUGAUGACGACAAGAAGAAGAAAAAGAAGGACAAAGAUAAAAAGAAGAAGGAGAAGAAAAAGAAAGAGAAGAAAAAGGCCAAGAAAGAGAAGAAGAAGAGUUCCUCCAGUAGUAGCAGCAGUUCAGAUGCGGAUGCGGCAAAGCCCGAGGAUGUCCUGAAAGAAAAGGCCGCGGGACUCGCGACGGCGACCGCGGCGGCGACCGAAGCUGAAGCUCCUCCGGUGAAUCUGGACAGCUUGCCUCCGGUGGAGGAGGGUAUCCUUCGUUUCGAGUUUUCCAUCGAGGAGGUCGGGCCCUUGGGUCUGCGCUUCUCGGGCGGGUCGCCGCCGAUGAUUCUGUCGGUGGCACCGGACUCCUUCGCAAAGAAGAAGGCGAUCCCUGCGAACCACGAGGUUCGUGCGAUCAACGGCCUGGCCUUGUUGCCGCAGAACCAGCAGCGAGUGAUGCAGUUCCUCAAGGGCCGACCCUUAGUGUUGGACGUGAGGCCUGUGGGAUGGAAGCCGCCUGAGAAAGUGAAGGAGCUGAAGCGGAAGCAGGCGGCGGAGGAGGCGGAGCGACAGGCGAAGAUGGCCGUCGAGAAGAAGCGCCGGGAGCAGGUGGCCAAGGAGCAGGCGGAGGAGGCCCAGCGGCAAGCGGUGGAGCGACAGGUGAGGGAGGAGAAGGAGAGGAUCGAACGUGAGGAGAUGUUGGCGAGAGCCCGGGAGCUGCACAAAGAGCAGCGGGAGAAAGAGGAGGAGUUCCGGAAGGCCUUGAACAGCGAGCCGCCUGAGCUGCGGAAGGCGGCCGAGGACAUCAUGGAGGCGGACUACGGUACGGAGAUCAAGCUCCAGGACCGUGUGGGCCUGCCUCUGCGGCUCCUCACGCGACGGAAAGAGGUGGCCUGGAUCUGGGCUGGAGAGGUGCAGGAGCUCAUUGGCGGCGGCGCGCCUGACGACACAUUCACCCAGUGAGAUUCCUGGUUCGGUGCGGCGACGACCACUUUAAAACAAAGGGUUGAUUCUGGAUGAUUCUGGCUUUGUCGUGCCAAAUCCUGAGUAAAACAUGUAAAACACCAUGGUUGUUCGGGAUUCAGGCUAUUUCAACCAUGGUGGUUUGACUUCUAGGGACCGCUACCGCGCCGGUCCAUACCAGCGCCUGUUGGUGUCGCCGUGUGUGUAGCGCUUGCCGAUGUGUGUAGCACUCCCGCUGAUGAUGGCAGUGUAAAAACCGCUGCGGGGUGUGAGCCGUUGUGGCUGAAGACAGCGCUGAGCUCGCACCAGCGGUUGGGGCUGCUCUGGUCUGGCAGCGCUACAGCUGACUGUUGACGGUUCACUUGUGCAGUGGUUUCUGCCCUUUGACUGACCCAAAGUGAGUGGUCAAAAAGAGUAGGAAGUUUGUAGGGAGGUGGGUGUGGCUCAAAGACGCAGAUAGUCCAGGCGC